AAUUACCCAAAAGACCUUCGCUCAAAAAAAACACAAAAAAAAGACCUUGACCCCUUUUUUUUGAGAUGCAAAAGACCUUGACCUUGGUAUCGAGAACCAACAAUAAUUUUUGGAAUGAAUGAAAUCCCACCCAAUGUCAAUACUCAAGAGCGGGCUCCCCCAACGGCGGCCGCGCCCACGACCCAGCGCCACCACCGCCCCGUCCCUCCCUCGCCCGGCCAUCUGCACGGGGCCGACGGUGCCACGCAUCGAUCCGGCACGCGGGUCACUGCUCUUGCCCGGUGGCGAGAGCGCGCGGGCCAUGAGGCGCGGCGGAGCGCUGCUCGCGACGACGGACGGCCUCACUUCACAGGCUGCAAAGAAUCUUGUAGCUGUGGCCGCGGCACCUUCAUUCUCUGCUUUCAGAGCACCCGCUGCAAAUGCACCUUCUGGAGCAGGUAGUAUGCUUAGGAAUCUACAGCAGAUGUACUGGUCAAGCUUUGUUGGUCAGAGGGUACGGGCCGGUGCCACCGCUUCUCUUUCUAAACAGAUCCAUAGGAGUGGUCCAGAAAGGGUUAUACUUAACUUCAAGGCGCUAAAUCGAGGAAUUUCAAGUGCGGCAAGGGAGGAAGGACGUGUUCUUGGUACUGCUAGUGCACCCCAUUACAUAUCAGAGAAAUACCUACUUAAAAGGCAGCUUCUUCGUACCAUCUCUGCCCUUACAGUUACUGGCUUUGCCAUCUAUGGCAUUAAGGUUGUGCUUGAUGGUGUCAAAGACACCAAAGUUGGCAAUUUCGAUGGUUUGAAGAAGGUACCGACUUCAGAUAUAAGCACAAAACUCAGUGAUGUAAAGGGGGUUGAUGAAGCCAAAGCUGAACUCGAAGACAUAGUUCACUACCUAAGAGAUCCCGACAGUUUCAAACGCCUUGGUGGCAAGUUUCCUAAGGGUGUUUUGCUUGUGGGCCAACCUGGCACAGGGAAGACCAUGCUAGCAAGGUCAAUGGCUGGGGAAGCCGGCGUCCCUUUCUUCUCCUGCAGUGGCAGUGAUUUCGAAGAGAUGUAUGUGGGUGUUGGUGCUAGGAGAGUCAGGGAGCUCUUCAGUGCAGCAAGGAACCAAUCUCCUUGCAUAGUAUUUAUCGACGAAAUUGAUGUGAUUGGUUGGCGCAGAGACGCUGAAGGUUCAACUCCGCAGAGGCAGGCUCUGAACCAGCUGCUUGUUGAGAUGGAUGGCUUCAAGCAGAAUGAUGGGAUUAUUGUGAUCGGAGCAACGAUCUUCCCGCAGUCACUUGAUAGCGCCCUUGUCAGGGCUGGGCGUUUUGACAGCCAUGUUCAUGUUUUGGUUCCAGAUGUUGAGGGGCGGCGACAGAUCCUCGAGGCUUACAUGUCAAAGGUGAGUAAAUCCAAGGAUGUGGAUGUGAUGACCAUUGCGAGGGGGACGCCUGGGUUCUCAGGUGCAGCCCUUGCAAACCUAGUGAACACCGCCACUCUCAAGGCUUCCAGGGAUGGGGCAAAAGCUGUUGGGAUGGGUCACCUUGAGUACGCCAUGGACAGGAUCAUGAUGGGCAGGGAGCGCAAGUCGGUGGUGACAUCUGAUCUAUCAAAGAAGCGGACUGCGCACCACGAGAGUGGGCACGCCCUUGUUGCUAUCCUCACGGACGGUGCUAACCCUGUCCACAAGGCCACCAUCGUGCCUAUGGGACAUUCUCUUGGCAUGGUGACACAGCUGUCAGGGGAAGACAGCCAGCUCACAAGGAAGCAGAUGCUGGCAAGGCUGGACGUAUUCAUGGGAGGACGCGUGGCCGAGGAGCUUAUAUUUGGAGAGGCAGGGAUCACCAAUGGUGCCUCAUCUGACCUAAGCAAGGCAACUCGAUUGGCGAAAGACAUGGUCGCCAGGUAUGGUAUGAGCAAGCGGAUCGGCCUUGUUUCCUAUGGCAAUGAGACCAUUGCUACCCGUGGCAAGGCGGUGACCAUGAGCGGGCGAACAAUAGGUCUGGUUGAUGAGGAGGUGAAAGCAUUAUUGGACAACGCUUACAGGAACGCAAAAAAGAUUCUCACGGAGCACAACAAGGAGUUUCAUGCGCUAGCAAAUGCCCUCCUGGAGCAUGAAACUCUCACUGGCGACCAAAUCAAGAAACUAGUUUCGACAGCACAACAAGCAGAUAGUCAUAACGGUAGCCAGCAGGAUCAGAAAACACCUUCUAUCACUCGCGACAACAGCACCAAACCGGUAACGAGAUCAAGAAAUAGGGGCUCGCAGCAAGAGCACCAAACCAGUGACAAGAUCAAGAGACAGGUGUCGACACAAGAGCAAGUAGCUGAUGCUAACAAUGGUCAGCAGGAUCAGGGAACACCUUCUUCGCCCUAGCCAUGCACGGAGACCUUUGCAGGAAGAAGUAUUCGAUCCUUUCGUUGAAUGUAGUGAGCGAUGUGUACGGUCUCAAUUUAACUCUGACUUUUGUUUCUGAAGACCGAAGAGAAUCCGACGUGUUUUGUAGUUUUGUGUACUGUGUUGUGAACUAGUAAAACCUCCUGUUUUAGGCCUCAACUCUCAAGCAUGAAUGUACCCCAAGAUUUCCAUCGGAAUUGAAUAGGACUGCUGUGGACGGGCA